UACAACAAAAAACGUGAAAAAUUAGUGCAUCACAGACGUUCAUAUAUCCUGUGGCGCCCCGGUUCCGUGGUGAGCCAACCCCGCAGGCCCGGGGCCGCCUGGGAUAGCCCGCCUAAAGUUCUACAUUGCCCGCACGGUACGCACGUUGGGUUACCGUCCUGCACGCUUCUUUGUGUUCGCGCUUUUGGCGCAUAUGUUCUUCAAACAUGGCCUCAAAAUGCCUUGUUGAGUUCCGAGAAAAGAAGAUCGUCGUUCAUUUCGACGGGUCACUGACACGGCAAGAGCUAAUCGGAAACCUGCAGGCAUCCAGCGUCCUGGCGAAUGUGGAUACAGCGCAGCUAAAGCUCACGGUGUAUGAUGAAGACUUCAAAGUAUUUGUAGAUGUCCCAGAUGACUUUGUCAUUAUCGACAAACUUAAAUUGCAACUAAAAGAAGUGAGCGAGUACCGAGUUGUGGAUGUUUUGGACGUUGAAGUAGCACAAAUGCCGCUGCAGCUAGCACCUACACUUACGUCAUACACACUCCCACCAGUACCGCUGGACAUCCAAAUGGCUGUUGAGAAACAUCGUGCUGGGAUGCACUUUGAAAAGAGGCAGCGACUCAUCCAGUGGUUGUUUCAUGACCUCUGCUCAUAUGGAAUGCAUCCAGGAAAGCUGUAUGAGGAAGCAAGCAAAGCGCUGGUAGCAAAAUACCCCAGUUUGGCUGACAGCACUGGAACUGGAUAUGAUUCUUGGAGGGAAUCGUUGCGCUUCAAGGCAAAGUAUGAAAGGAGAAAGAUAAAGAUACAGCGUGGGGAAAUUGUGCCUACCAAAAGGACUCCCACAAGUACAUUGGCCAGUGGCGAGACAAUGGCGAAAAGAAUGAAAAGACCUACUGCUGUUGUUGAAGUGUGGGAUGGCGAAGAUGAGAGCAGCAUCAGAAGCCACAUUGCUUCCAUGAAAAAGGAGCUUCUGAAACAAAAGGCUAACUUUUCAUAUGUCACAGAUUGCAUGUUACGGACAUUCAGAACUCGACGGGACUGGAUUGAAAAGGAGUGCCCAACAAUCCAGGCUAUCACGGAUGAAUAUCCAGCUCUGAAAUUAAGCGCCAUGCUUCACAACGAGUUUAUGCUGCAAACAGGUGUUGACCUGAGUACAACACUGCGACCCCUACUGCGUGCUGUUGCAAAGAAGGUAAUUGAAAAAGCCCAGAAGAAACGGCAUCUUGAGGCAUUUCUUGCGGACUUUAACAGUCGCUUGGAGGCUGCCACCGAGGACAAAAAAAAUGAUUUGAUGGAGACUGCUGCAAUUUGUUUGCUGCCCUGUCUCGUUAAAGAGCGCAAGGAAGCAUUUUUGACAACUGAUAGGAGCACUGCGCACAGAGUGCCUACCGUGAUAUGCAGUGUUGAUGCAUGGGACUCGACACCCUUUACGGUCUCUCUGGAGGAUAUUGCGAUAGAAGAGAACACGCUGCCAGAAGCCCUGUCAACAUUGUUCACCCUUUAUUGGGCGUUCGACAUCGUGUUUCCGAAAGGGGUGCACAAAACGCUAGAAGUCAUCGCUAAACUUUUGGAUGUACCAAGCAACACGCACAUGUCACCCCUAGCGCGUGUCGCGUACACCGUGCUAAAAGCAUGCUUCAAUUGAGAAUUCAUGCAUUCAUAGUUGCAAAAGUGUCCUCUGUUAAAGACAUAUGUAUUGCUUUAUUUACCUACUUCUGGGCCAGGCGCGCAUUUUAAUCAGGCUCCUUUAUUUUUUUUUGCCUGUCUUGUAUAUUAUGUAUUAAUAAAACAUUUUAUUGCAUUUUU